GUCGGAAAAUGGCGAAUAUCGUUUUGUGUUUGGCUAUAAUUUGCAUCAUAGCUACUUCAAUCGUUCGUGGGUUUGAUGUUAGUGAUCUCUGUGGUGACGAUUGGGUUCCAUUUGAAGAUGAGAAGUGUGUGAGAGUGUUCCCGAUCUUCGCGAAUCGUAUUGACGCUGAAAGACGAUGUAAUGACGAAGACGGAACAUUGGUCAUCAUUAAGACGGCCACUGAGCAAAUGUUUAUAAGAGAAUUAGUGCUGAACGCGACAACGAACGUUUGGAUUGGGGCGGAAAGACGGCCGGGUAGUGAGACUGAGUAUAUUUGGAAUGAUGGUUCUGCUGUUCAUCGCUUCACCUAUUGGCAACCCGGAUCUCCGAUUAUAGGCGAUAGACGCGAUUGUGUUAUUAUGCGACGAGACAUUCCAACUCUCAGUUUUCAAUGGACUAAUAUUGCGUGCUCUACUUCUUCCGGGUUCAUUUGCGAGAAAAAGCAAAUUUGGCCAUUCGAGUAUCUACAAGAAGCGAUUCUAGAUGCGAGGAGAACGAAAGAACACAGUGUACUGAGCUUCAUCGAUCAAUUGGCUGAUUUGACCACAAAACUGAAUCGCACGAACACCGAACUGAAACAUUUACAGGAUAAUCCGGUUCCGCUCGGCUUUGUUUACACUCAAUUGCCCGAUCAACCAGCACCAUGGAUACUCUGGUACACAGUGGAAUGGACUGAAAUCACUACCACAUUGGGAGCAGUACCAGAAACCGGAAGUAUUCAAGCGGCAGGCAGUCCACUUAAUGUGGGUACACGUUUUUGGACGCGGACCAAGUGAGAAUUCCGGCAUUCACAGGCUCCGAAUCUGAGAUUCGUUAGUCGAAUGAAAUAGAAAUAAAGUUGCUUUUCAGUCAGAGA